AUGGCUUCCUGGUCGAUCCACAUCCACCAUCCCCGGCUCGCCGGCGACGAGAUCCACCGUACCCUGGAGGCCUCCUACUCCCCCAGCGCGUCCUACUGCUCCGACGACGCCUUCGUCCCCGUCUUCCGCCCGGAUCCGUCCGAUCCGUCCGCGUCCGCAUCGGCGGCGGUGGCCGCGGCGGCCGACCGCGUCCGCAGCCUCUUCAGCUCCGUCGACGUCGCCCUCUUCCGCGACGCGCUCUUCGCGCCCGGGUGUGACGGCGACCACGACCGCGACCGCGACCGCGACGGCCUCGGGUUCACGGACGCGGACGCGGAGGCGGCGGAGUACGACGGCGAUCUCACCUCCAUCUGCUGGGACUGCCUCGAGAUCGAGGACGCCGACGACCCGCUCGUCGCCUCCCCCACCGCCGAGGAGUUCGAGUGGGAGGAGGUCGCGUCCGCCUCGGGCGCCGCUGGGGAAGCCCCGGACCCCGAGUGGGAGGUGCUCGCCGACGUGCCCCCGCCGCCCGCCGCUGCCGACGCCGAGGACGGGUUCGUGUACACCUCCCACCACAACCACAGGGAGGAGGCGGCGGCGUACGAGGUGCUCGUGACAGGUGGGGAGGGGCUGUUCCUCAAGAACAUGCCCCCCGCCGCCAGAUCCGCCGUCGAGGCGCUCCCGUCCGCCGUAGUCGCGGCCGGCCAGGAAGGGGAGGGGGACGAGUGCGCGGUGUGCAAGGACGGGGUCGCGGCUGGCCAGCGCGUCAAGAGGCUGCCGUGCUUGCACCGCUACCACGACGACUGCAUCGUGCCGUGGCUCCAGGUGCGCAACUCGUGCCCGCUGUGCCGCUACGAGCUGCCCACAGACGACCCGGAGUACGAGUCCUGGAAAGCCGGUCGUACCGUAGCCGCGUGA